CAUUUGACCGCUGCGGCUAUACUAAAAAAAAUAAUUGCCUAAUCAGUGUGAAAGUUUUUGCCGGCUCUGCGAAAAAGGAAGAAAGGCAAAGUGCAAGAACUGAUUAAUACCCCUUAUCGGCCGAUCGUCGAAGCAGCACCGCCUAACAAUGAAAACUGCAAUUCAUUGCGCAUUUAUAUUAAUCGCGGCUCUAGUCGCCAUAUGUGGAGCUGUAGAUGAUCAGGGGGAACGCCCCCAUAAGCGGAGCUUCAUCAACCCGUAUCCCCGCUUCCAGUUCUUUGAGGAUGGCGUCGAUCCCGGGGAGCCCUUGUUCCUAACGCCGCUGAUCAACAACGCCUCGAUGUCCAAGCAGAAGGUGCAGGAACUUGCCCGCGUCACAGGCUCUCAGUUCCACGGAGUCGAGAGCUACUCCGGCUACCUGACCGUGGACCCCGGCUUCAACUCCAACAUGUUCUUCUGGUACUUCCCCGCUGAGCAGGAGCCGGAAUAUGCGCCUGUGGUCCUAUGGCUGCAGGGCGGUCCAGGUGCCUCCUCCUUGUUCGGCUUGUUCACGGAGAACGGUCCCCUCGAGCUGGACGGCCAUGGAAAGCCGCAAAAGCGAAACUACACCUGGAGCAAGACGCAUAACCUCAUCUACAUCGACAAUCCCGUGGGCACAGGCUUCAGUUUCACGGACGAUGAUGCCGGAUAUGCCAAGAACGAGAAGGACGUGGGCCGCAAUCUCCACGAGGCUGUGAUGCAACUGUAUGAGCUGUUCGAGUGGAGCAACUCCUCUGGAUUCUGGGUAACCGGCGAGUCGUAUGCCGGGAAGUAUGUGCCCGCCUUGGCCUACCACAUUCACAAGGUGCAGAACGCCAUCGAGACGCGCGUCUAUGUGCCGCUCAAGGGCGUGGCCAUCGGAAAUGGCCUCUCGGAUCCGCUACACCAGCUGAAGUAUGGCGACUAUCUCUAUCAGUUGGGUUUGAUUGACGAGCACGGUCUGCAGAGCUUCCACGAUGCCGAGGCCAAGGGAGCCGCCUGCAUCGAAAAGCAUGACAUGGAGUGCGCCUUCGACGUUUUCGAUUCCCUGAUCAACGGGGAUCUCACCAAUGGUUCACUGUUUAGCAAUCUUACGGGCUACAACUGGUACUACAACUACUUGAAGACGCAUGAGGAUGAUGGCGGCAUAUUGGGCAAUUUCCUGCAGGCGGGCGCCACUCGUCGGGCAAUUCAUGUGGGCAACAAGCCAUUCCACGAUCUGGACAAGGAGAACAAGGUGGAACUCCACUUGAAGAAGGAUGUCAUGGACAGCGUGGCCCCGUGGAUUGCCGAACUGCUGGCCCACUAUACUGUUUGCAUCUACAGCGGGCAGCUGGACAUCAUUGUGGCCUAUCCACUGACCCGGAAUUACCUCAACCACCUUAAGUUCCCCGGCUCUGACAAGUACAAGGUGGCUCCCCGUGAGAUCUGGCGCAUUGAUGGCGAGGUGGCCGGAUAUGUGAAGCACGCCGGACAUCUGGUGGAGAUUAUGGUGCGCAAUGCCGGGCACAUGGCUCCCCACGAUCAACCCAAGUGGCUGUACGAGAUGAUCAAUCACCUUACUCACUACAAGCACUAGGAGCGACACACUUAAAUUAGGUUUUAAAAAUUGGUCUCCUUUAAAAAGCUUUAUAUAUAAUGGUAACUAUCUUGAAUAAAUCGGGUGAUUUGAAUCUA